CUGGCUGUUAGCAUCUGCUUUUUCUGAUCUUCUAGUCUCAUUGCUGUUCCUGAAAGCGACAAACCAAGGAAGAAUCUGACAAAAAAAAAAAAAAAAAAAAGAAAAAAAAAAAAAGGACAAUAUUCUUAGAUCUAAGAUCAUCUGAGGGAUCUGUCUGAAUCAAGAUGCUGCUGAUCAUUGAAGCUCUUCUUCUCAUUUCAGCUGCUCUAGGAAAGGAUCACAGAGCUGCUGUUAAAGGGAAGAUAUUUCCACUGGAUAUGGCACUGAAUUCAGUUGAUGAUCAAUAUAAGGGCUGUAGAGAGAACAUGGCAAACCUGGUGAAGACAGAAUAUCUAAAAAAGGAACUCAAAAACUCAGAUGAAUUUAAUAGGGCUUGGAAAAAAAGUUCGGAAUUUAUAAAGCCAGAAGAUAAGUUGACAGAUAAUCAUUUAAAAGCCAUUUAUGUGUACUCUGAUUGUCAAGUAUUUAAAGACUUCAAUAAUGAUGCUCGUUCUGGUAAACUAAAUUAUGAAAACAAGUCAUACAAAUGGUAUUCACUUCACUUUUUGUUAACAGAUGCGAUACAGAUUCUGAAGGAACAAAACAAAUGCAUUAAGACUUAUCGUGGUACAAAUGUUAAAUUUGAGGAAAAUGUUGAGAACCGGGAGGUUCGUUUUGGUUCAUUUGCAUCAUCGUCUCGUAAUCAAAAAACAGCAAAGUCUUUUGGAACUGAAUCUUGUUUUGAAAUCGAAACUUGUGAAGGUGCUGAGGUGACAAAAUAUUCCAAGCUUCGUCAUGAGAGUGAAGUGCUGAUUCCUCCGUAUGAGAAGUUUAAAGUCACUGCUGUCAAGAAAAAAGGUCAGGAAGGUGCUUGGUGUAACACUGUGUUCAUUUUGAAAAGCUCUGGUAUAAAAAGUGAAUUAAACUGUGCUCUAUUUAGGAAACCAACAAAGUCCAUAAAAAAAUACUAGGUUGUGUACUGAGCUGAACCAAGUGUUUUGAAUACAGGGCCUGAGACUUUUCCCCCUCAGUGUAGUUCAAUGCUUCAAGAUAAUUUUAACAAUUAAAUAAAGUUAUUUUUGACAUAACUAAAUAA